AUGUCAUUUCAAAACAAAAACUUAUACGAUUUGUUGGGUAACGACGUCGAGGAGGACAAUGCCGCUGCUAACCUUCCAAUCAAGGAGGUUGUAAAGAAGAACACCUCUUCUAAAAAGUCUGACGUUCCACCACCAUCUGCGGAUCCAACAAAGGCCAAGAAAAAGUCCAAGCCAACUGGUAAUGAAGGUGCUUUGAAAACCAAAAAUAGCAACAAGGAUGUUCCACCCCCACAAUCUACUGCUACCAAACACCAAAAGAAACCUUUUGACCGUCACUCUAGAACAGGAAAGACCGAUUCCAAUAAAAAGAUCAAACAAGGUUGGGGUAAUUCUGAAUCUAGAGAAUUGGAAGGAGAAGUUGAAGGAACUGAAGAUGCUGAAGCUGAUUUGGUAGAGGAAGCUGAGGAGGAAGUUGACACUACCCCAAAGAAGUCUCUUCAAGAAUACCUUGCUGAACAAGAGCAAAAGCAAAAGGAAUUGGAUGGUGCCAAGAAGUUGAGAAAAGCCAACGAAGGUGCCGAACAAAAAUGGAAUUCCGAGGAAAAGAUUGAAAAGACUCAAGAAGCAUACUUUGAAUCUACUCACCAAAAGAAGUCCAAAGCUAAAGCUCCAAAAGAGAAGGUCUUUUUGGAAAUUGAUGCUGUUUUCGCUGACGAGCAACCACAAUCAUCAAGAGGUGGUUUUAGAGGCGGAAAGAGAGGUGGUUCCAGAGGCGGAAGAGGUGACUCUAGAGGUGGCAGAGGUGACUCUAGAGGUGGCUCCAGAGGCAACAGCAGAGGCAACAGCAGAGGUAACAGUAGAGGUGGCCUCAGAGGAGGUAAGUCUUUCAAUGAAAAUGACUUUCCAUCCUUGUAA